AACAGAAGAAAAAAAAAGUUGUAACUAUGAAUAAACCCUGUAACCCUCUUUGUUCAGGUUCUCUUCACUCUCCUGCUCACACUCUUUUCUUGCGGCUAGGGUUUUGCCCAGCUUCUUCUUCUAGAUACUUAACAUAAGGCAGAUAUGGGUAAGGAAAAGGUUCACAUCAACAUUGUGGUCAUUGGCCACGUCGACUCUGGGAAGUCCACUACCACUGGCCACCUGAUCUACAAGCUUGGAGGUAUUGACAAGCGUGUUAUUGAGAGAUUUGAGAAGGAAGCUGCUGAGAUGAACAAGAGGUCUUUCAAGUAUGCAUGGGUGCUUGACAAGCUUAAGGCUGAGCGUGAAAGAGGAAUCACAAUUGAUAUUGCCUUGUGGAAGUUUGAGACCACCAAGUACUACUGCACAGUCAUUGAUGCUCCUGGACACAGGGAUUUCAUUAAGAAUAUGAUUACUGGGACAUCCCAAGCUGACUGUGCUGUUCUUAUCAUCGAUUCCACUACUGGUGGUUUUGAAGCUGGAAUUUCCAAGGAUGGACAGACUCGUGAGCAUGCUCUUCUUGCAUUCACUCUUGGUGUGAAGCAGAUGAUUUGUUGCUGUAACAAGAUGGAUGCCACCACACCCAAGUACUCGAAGGCCAGAUAUGAUGAAAUCGUGAAGGAAGUCUCUUCCUACCUAAAGAAAGUUGGAUACAACCCUGAUAAGAUUCCUUUUGUUCCUAUUUCGGGUUUUGAGGGAGACAACAUGAUUGAGAGGUCCACAAACCUUGACUGGUACAAGGGUCCUACCCUUCUUGAGGCACUUGACCAGAUCAACGAGCCCAAGAGACCAUCUGACAAGCCCCUCAGGCUGCCCCUUCAGGAUGUCUACAAGAUUGGAGGAAUCGGAACUGUGCCAGUGGGACGUGUUGAGACUGGUACCUUGAAGCCUGGAAUGGUGGUCACUUUUGGACCAACUGGUUUGACAACUGAAGUUAAGUCUGUGGAGAUGCACCAUGAAGCUCUCACAGAGGCCCUUCCUGGUGACAAUGUGGGAUUCAAUGUUAAGAAUGUUGCUGUUAAGGAUCUCAAGCGUGGUUUUGUUGCCUCAAACUCAAAGGAUGAUCCUGCUAAGGAGGCUGCUAACUUCACCUCCCAGGUUAUCAUCAUGAAUCACCCAGGUCAGAUUGGAAACGGAUAUGCCCCUGUUCUGGACUGUCACACCUCCCACAUCGCUGUCAAGUUUGCUGAACUUGUGACCAAGAUUGACAGGCGAUCUGGCAAAGAGCUUGAGAAGGAGCCUAAAUUUUUGAAGAAUGGUGAUGCUGGUUUUGUGAAGAUGAUUCCAACAAAGCCUAUGGUGGUUGAAACUUUCUCUGAGUAUCCCCCACUUGGUAGGUUUGCUGUUAGGGACAUGCGUCAAACUGUUGCUGUUGGAGUGAUCAAGAGUGUGGAGAAGAAAGAACCUAGUGGAGCCAAGGUUACCAAGGCUGCACAGAAGAAGGGUGGAAAGUGAAUCGUGCGGGAUGUCCUUUUUUAUGGUUACAAUAUAUGCUGGUUUCUUUCUUCUUGUACUUCUGUGUCUUCUUCUCCAGUUAACUUGUUUUUCGGACGUUGUUUGAAGUCUCCACCAUCAUCUCGCAACUUUUGUUCCCAGAACUGGGUUCUUGAUCGACGGUGGCAAAGUUUCUUCUAUUAUAAUGUGUUUUAAUGUGUUGUGAGAACCCCUGAAUACAUUUUUGUGCUGUUGGCUUGCUUUUAAAUAUCAAUUUUGUGUUAAAAUUGUGUCAUAAAUUUUAACUAUCGUCUGGUAAAUUUCUGGCCA